AUGCUAACCAAGCCCGUGCGAGUGUUGAGCGAGCGCAUCAUGAGCCGCGGCUUCGAGCCCACUGUCGUCCGUCUCAUGGAGAACGUGCAGAAGGUCGUGCGGUCGCAACCUGGUCUGCUCUCGCUGGAGACGCUGCGCGACGUGAACGACCACCAUAAAUACGUGAUGCUUUCGGAGUGGCGCUCGAUAAAGGACUACCAAGCGUGGACGUCGAGCGAGGCGCACAAGCGGUGCACGGAACAGAUCAACGAGGUGCUGGAUGUGCCUGGCAAACGAACGACUAUCUACAAACACCCUGAGGACGAUAUUUUCCUGCUGUAA